AUGAACAACGCCAGUGGAGGAACCCAUAGCAAAGGAACCGCAACCACUGGAGGAACAACCACCCAAGCAGCUAAGACAAACCUCACCACCACCGCAGCCAAGGGACGCACGGCUACCCCUAGCCUGGAUGAGGAAACCCGCAAGCGCCUGAUGGUGGAAGGAAAGUGCUUCCACUGCUUUAAGCCAGGUCACAUUAGUCCAAAUUAUCUAGAGAAGCAAAUUAAGCAGCUGAAAGUGCUGGAACAGCCAGUUCCUGAGGAACAAGGGGUCUCAGAAAACAACUAA